CACACACAGCUCAUCCCUGUCUUCCCCACUCCUCAAUCCCAACAAAAACAAUCACUCCCCAUCAAAACUAAUCACAUCCCAUGCCAUAAAAUCAUUUCCAUCUCCAUCUCCAAACCAUGAAUUUACAUUUCCACCCCUACAUUCUCACUUUUUUCAUUUUCACCACCGCCAUUUCCUCCAUUGAAGAUGACACCAGGUGUCUCCAAGGCCUCAAAACAUCCUUAUCAGACCCACAAAACAAACUUGCCACGUGGACCUUCUCCAACACAUCAUCAACAUCUUUAUGCAAAUUCACAGGUGCUUCCUGUUGGAAUGAGAAAGAAAACCGUUUGAUAUCCAUUCAGCUACCUGAUUUUUCACUCUCAGGUACAUUGCCUGAAUCUUUACAGUAUUGUACAUCUUUACAAUCUCUUGAUUUGUCUAAAAACAUGUUGUCUGGUAACAUCCCGACACAGAUCUGUUCUUGGUUACCUUAUUUAGUUACAUUAGAUCUGUCGGGAAACAUGUUGUCGGGACCUGUACCUGUUGAAUUACAAAACUGCAAGUUUUUGAAUAACUUGAUUCUAUCUGAUAAUAAGUUUGAUGGGGAGUUGCCUUAUCAGUUAGGACAGUUAACUAGGCUUAAAAGGUUGGAACUUGGUAACAAUGAGUUUGUUGGGAAUGUUCCUGAUGAUUUGACGAGAUUCGGGUCGGAUACGUUUGACGGAAAUGACGGGUUGUGUGGUUCGGUUGUUGGGAAGAAAUGUGGGAAGUUUGGUGGUAAGAAUUUGGUUGUUAUUAUCGCGGCCGGGGUUUUGGGGGCGGGUUUGUCGGUUUUUUUGGGGUUUGGGGUUUGGUGGUGGUUUUUUGUUAGAGGUGAUAGGAGGAAAGGGAAGGGGAAAGGAGACGGGGAAAGUGGGGGUUCAGGGAAUUGGGUUGAUAAGUUGAGACACUAUAAGCUUGUUCAAGUGUCUUUGUUUCAGAAACCGAUUGUUAAGAUUAAGUUGAAUGAUAUUUUGGUUGCGACGAAUGGGUUUAGUGUUGGGAAUGUUGAGAUUAGUACUAGGACCGGUGUUUGCUAUAGAGCCAUGUUGCAGGAUGGGUCGGUUUUAGCGGUUAAGAGAUUGAGUGCUUGUAAGAUUAAUGAGAAACAAUUUAGGUCAGAGAUGAAUAGGUUAGGGCAACUUAGGCAUCCAAAUUUGGUUCCGUUGUUAGGAUUUUGCGUUGUUGAGGAUGAGAAGCUUUUGGUGUAUAAGCAUAUGCCUAACGGGAGUUUGAAUUCGCUUUUACACGGUACUGGGAAUAAUGUUGAGUUGGAUUGGCCUUCGAGGGUUAAGAUAGGUAUCGGUGCUGCUGGUGGGUUAGCUUGGUUGCACCAUGUUUGUGAACCUCCUUACCUUCACCAAAACAUAAGCUCGAAUGUGGUUCUCGUGGAUGAUGAUUUUGAGGCCAGGAUUAUUGAUUUUGGGCUGGCUAGGCUUGUCGGUACCCGUGAUUCGAAGAAUAGUUCAUUCCAAAAUGGUGAUUUGGGUGAGUUUGGUUAUGUGGCUCCUGAAUAUUCUAGUACCAUGGUUGCUUCACUAAAAGGGGAUGUUUACGGUUUUGGGGUUGUCCUUUUAGAACUGGUAACGGGUCAGAAGCCCCUUGAGGUGAAUAACGGAGAGGAAGGAGGGUAUAAAGGUCAUUUGGUGGAAUGGGUUAAUCGACUUACAGGGUCAGGCAAAAGUAAGGAUGCCAUUGACAAGUCUUUAAGAGGAAAGGGACAUGAUGACGAAAUUUUGCAGUUUUUAAGGAUUGCUUGCAGUUGUGUGCUUCCUAGACCUAAAGAACGACCAACCAUGUACAAUGUUUAUCAGUCCUUGAAAAGCUUGGCAGACGCACACGGGUUUUCAGAACACUUUGAAGAUAUUGCAGUGAAAUACGCCAAACAAGAUCAUCAUCACAGAGAUUAGCCUUUCAAGAAGAUGGUACUGUUCUAAUUUCUUAACUUCUAAGUUAUUUGAUGUAUCUUAUUGUUUGUAGCAUUAUCUAAAAUUUAGAAAGCUGAUAUUGAUAUCAAUUUUAUAUAAUUGCUUCUUAAUUUAUGUCUAGUUUGAUAUGCA